GAAAAGUGCCGAUCUGACAGUCUCCCACACUCUCUGCCUGACUAACGCACCCUCCUUCGCUCUCCGUCUCACAGCCAUGAGCACAGCGCUGUGGCUCUGUCUGCUCUGCCUGCAGGGCUACCUGCUCACACAGGCUCUCGACUGCGCCGAUGGAGGCAGGGACUGCGCCGGCAGGGAGGUCAGCGAGGUCGAGAUGAGGGUCCGGCGACACACUGACCCAGACAGAGAGAGAAGAGGUCACGUCGGCCAAGCCAGCCUGCCUGGAACAUUUUCAGCCAAAGGCUUUCCUAACACCCUCAUUCAGGCUGACAGAUCAAGGCGUCAUUUGACCAGCAAUAAGAAGAAACACGUGACUCGCAAAUCUCGAGUCGGCACUUACUCACUGCUCAAACACAACCCGUCGACCCCUCUGCAGAUAGUCCGAGCUCGGAGACACACUGGAGCUGCCACCCCACACAUGCCUCCAUUAAAGACCGUGAAGCAGAGGUCCAGGAGAAGUGCGGCCAAAAAGAAGAAGAGCACAAAGGCUGUGGUCUGCUCGUGAGAUGGGACGUCCAUAGAAGAAGUCAAAAACAAGCACACCAACUAUAUUCACACUUAGAGGCUGCCGUCCUGUAGGCUUUUUCAUAUUUAAAGGUGGUAAAAUAUAAUCAUCAGUCAGUCAGGAGGGUCAGUAUCUGCUAACAGUUACCGUCACUCUUCUGGGCACAGAACGCCCACAGAUCCACCAUCAGGACAGUAAAACACACAAAACAUUUCUCUCUGUACUAUCAACAGUAAUGGCACUGGAAUGGAUCAAUUAUGCAUUUUUCUUAUAUUAUUAUACAGAGCAAUACUAUAUAUGAUGCAGAAUUUGUUCAAAACAAGCUGAUCUAUGCAUGUAUAAGGCAUUUCUGGUAGAAAGAAACUCAUAUUUCAGCGCAAAACAGGUGCUAUGCAAAAUAUUUCUACAAGAAAACAGGCCGAACUGAAAACAUACCAAGCUUCACAAAUGCAUUCACACACAUUUAUAUGUAACACAGUUAAUAAUGUUUUUAUAUUCCUCUUUUUACGAAGCUAAUAUAAACAGUUUUUCUAAUAUAAUAAUAAAUAAUAUAGGUUUAUAUACAGUGCGUUAUCAGGCAUAUUUACAGGUACUAUGUACAUUUUUCAGUAAAUAAAGCCUUCAAACUACAUAUUUGAAUCAUUUAAGGCCACUUACUGCUGAUGUAAAUGUAUUUAUAUCAUGCUUUAAAUGGUGACACGUGUCAGUGAAGAUUUCUGGUAUUAAAGUUGUCAUUUACUUUGUUUUGCA